UGGUUUUAACCAGCUACUGAUGGCCCACUGCUGAUUACAAGUCCGACGCCCAAACCCGAUCUCCUAGGUUACUAACAAGUUGUUCAGGAGUAUGGACCAUAGCCUAAUAAGGAAUGUGGUCGAACUAUAGGCAUAGUAUUCAAUCCCUUAUCUCCCUUGACUUUUUCAGUAGGGACGAACCAAUGCCGUACAUAAACUGCGUUCGUCAAAAUGCGGCUGGAAAAGCCGGUUGAUCGAUUGCCGUCCGUAUUCGUAAAUAUCCCUGCAGCAGCUUGCUGAAACACGGAAAGCUUAACCGACCAAGCGUCAUGCGACCCUGUGAAGAGGCCAGAAGACAACAUCGCAAUUGCGCAAUAGCUUGGAGUCGUCACUCUCAGAGGCAUCACUUAUGCAUACCUAGGAACUAAUACGAACGAUCACUCGCAUUUGAAGCUACGAGCUAUCUGUGUAGGAUCAUUCUCAAUCAGGAAUCAUGUCGACAGAAAAUGAGAACGUCCAGCGACAGGCGCCCUUAUCUACGCGCCUCUACAACGGCUUUACUAUAUACGCUGUACAGGGCGUCAGUUCACCGAUCAGAUAUCUGAGAGGGUGGAAUGAGUGGAUGUGGCCUUCGGGUUUUGCACCAGACAUCGUCAAGACCUAUGAAAGUCGGCCGUCAUUGCCCAUUCGCAUAUUUUUCCCCAAAGACUAUGAUCAGAGCUCUCCGGAAAAUCUGCCUUUGAUCUUCAGCAUUCAUGGUGGAGGCUUUUGCAUCGGAUCCCCCGAAGAUGAUGAUAAAUGGAACCGGCACUUUGCAGAUGAGCACAAAUUCCUUGUCGUGGAGUUGAACUAUCGCAAGGCGCCUUGGUACCCCUUUCCUACAGCCGUGCACGACCUGGAAGCACUGAUACUUGCGGUCAUUGCGGACGAUAGUCUGCCAAUCGACAAGAACCGAGUUGCCAUCACGGGAUUCUCAGCAGGUGGUAAUUUGACUCUCAGCGUCGCUCAGCUUCCCAGCAUCCGCGAGCAGGUGAAACCCUCGGCAGUACUGCCUAUCUAUCCCGCAGUAGAUCAGAGCAUCCCCUCAAGCGAGCGUAUGAAGAGGCGAUACUACAAGCCUGAGCUGGGUCCCGGCAUCAGAAGUUCGCCCUUAGAUAUGCUGGCUAGGUUUUCGCCAAUCUUCAAAUGGAGCUAUGUCAAUCCCGGUCAGAACCUACAUGAUCCUCUGUUGUCACCCUUCUUCGCCAAAAGGGAUGAUCUGCCUCCACACAUCUAUAUUGUGGCAGCAGAGCUCGAUCAACUUGCGCAUGAAGGCUGGCGAAUGGCGUGCAAACUCGCUGGUCGGCCGGUGCCGGAUCCUACAGAUAUAGUCGGUCAGAGGAGGGCUGCAGAAAAGGAUGGCGAGCUUAUCACGGACAACGAACGAUUUGCUUGGCAGCAUGACACAUCAGAUGGAAGUGUACGAUGGCUGCUCGUGCCGGAUCAGAUCCACGGUUUCGAUCACUUUCCAGCAAGGUGGUAUGGCCAUCUUGGGUCAUGGCAAGACGCACAGGAGAAGACGGCGAAGUAUCAAAAGUUGUUGGGGGAAUGGCUUCAUCAGGUCGUAUGGAAGAGCUCAACGUCCAGAUCAGAUUAGUGCCAGUUGGUUUGUGAUACGUUUGAGUCCAGUUAUCCCCGAAAUUGGUGUGCGAAAGGAUGCUGCGAUAGCCAUGGCAUGCACCAAUGGUUUUGACAACGAUUUUAUACAGGAUGAAAACGACCAUUGUAAAUGUCAAUCUGACAAGUGAGCCUCGAGCUGCGUGCAUAACUCUGCCGAGGACUCCGACCCUAUUGCAGCGCGGUCUCAUUGUGCUACCAUAAACUAGACUUGCAUGAACUGGACGUGUGACUAACUGCUUGUGUGCAACCACCACCUGAGUCUUCCAUAACUGCGUGACGCGUUCUGUAAUUGAUAGCCAGCCGGGCACAGUCAU